GGCGGGGCGCUUCGCGCCCGUGGUGCGGCCGCGGCCCUGCCCCGGCAGGCUUGCGCGGCUCGCGCCAGUGCUCCGCCAGGCGCCCGUCUUGGCGCCCUUUUACGACAGGGUCUGCCCGUGUGCACGCCGGCGAAUUGUACUGAGACAUUGCGGCCGGCGCCCGUUGUGGUCGCCGGCGCCGGCGUGUUGCGCCGUCUUUUCGGCGGCUGCCUGUAAAGUGGUGACGGGGCCGGCGGGCCGGUCGAGAACGAAGGUCUUUCAGAAUGAUCUACAUGGCAUGUAAGUUCCCCUGCCGAGACCGACGAUCGCCGUCACUCAGACGGCACGCACCUGGACGUGAUGCAGAAACCAAUUUUGUUUCGCACAUCAUUGAAGAACAUUGAUUGCGGGCUUCAUUGACUUCAGAGGGCUUCCGCGAGUGUGUUAAAUGAAAGCUAU